AUGGCUGCUGCCUUAGUGGGAGGUUCACUCCUCUCCGCUUUCCUUCAAGUGCUAUUUGAUAGGAUGGCUAGACCAGAAUUCCUGAAUUUGUUUCAUAAUCGCGAGGCUGAUGAUGAUCUCCUCAAGAAGCUCAAGACAAACUUACUCACUGUUGGAGCGGUUCUUGAUGAUGCAGAGAACAAGGAAAUACGGAACCAAUCUGUCAAACAAUGGCUUGAAGAGAUUCAUGAUACAUUUUAUCAAGCAGAGGAUUUACUGGACAAAAUCAACACUGAAGCUCUGCGAAUUAAGGUGGAAAAUGAGUACCAAAGCUCAACCAGCACUUGGACAAGUGCCUUAAAAAGAUUAUGCCUUGAAAGGAUUCUGCCUUGUACAUCUUCUGGUAAAUUCCUUAAGAGGAUUAUGCCUGAGAUUGAAACGAUAGUAGCAAGCUUGGAGGGAUGCAUACAACAAAUUACUCCCUUAGGUUUGCAAGUCGUUCAAUCAAGAAUACAAUCACGUCAACAAUUUGAAACCCCUCUGGUUGAUGAGACUACUAUUUUUGGGAGAGAUGCCGACAAAGAGAAGAUAAUUGAAAUGCUGCUAUCUGAGGAUGCAAAUGGAGACAAUAUCACUGUGGUUCCAAUAGUUGGACUGGGUGGGCUUGGUAAGACCACCUUGGCUGGAAUGGUUUACAAAGAUUUCAGGGUGGAAAUGGAUUUUCCUACCAGGGCAUGGGUCUGCGUAUCAGAAGAAUAUGAUGCUACCAAGAUAACAAAAGAACUGCUAAGGGAACUCAAUAUUUCUUUUGUUGAAGAUGAGAACUUGUUCUCCCUUCAAGUGAAGCUACAAGUUGGCCUAACUAAGAAAAAAUUCCUUCUUGUUCUGGAUGAUGUUUGGAAUAGUAACUACAAUCAUUGGGAUAAUUUAAGGAUACCUUUCAAAGGUGGACUACAGGGAAGUAAGAUCAUUGUUACAACACGAAAUUUGAGUGUUGCAAGGAUGAUGUGUAAAGAAGAGUCAAUUCAUCAUUUGGAUUUCAUAUCAGACGAAGAUUGCUGGUUUUUAUUUAAGAAGCACACAUUUGAAAAUAGAAAUGACAAUCAAAAUUUAGAACUUGAAAAAAUAGGAAAGAAAAUUGUGAAGAAGUGUGGAGGGUUGCCUUUGGCCGUGAAAACUGUUGCAGGUAUAUUGCGUUCCAGAACAACCCCUGAAGAGUGGGAAGAGAUUUUAAUAAGUGAAGAGUGGACUCAACUGGAUAAUCAAAAUGGCCCCAUACCAGCUUUGAGAUUAAGCUACAUUCAUCUUCCGUCUCGUCUUAAAAGGUGCUUUGCUUAUUGUGCUGUUUUCCACAAAGAUUACCAGUUUAGAAAAGAGGAAAUAAUUCAGCUAUGGCAAGCAAAUGAUCUUUUAGAGUACCCUGGAGAAAAUAAAAGAAUUGAAAACAUGGGUGAGAAGUGCAUUCAUGAACUGAGAAUGAGAUCAUUAUUUCAUCAGUUAAGUGAAAGUUCUUUCUCUAUGCAUGACCUCGUCAACGAUUUGGCUAGGUUUGUUUUUGGGAAAUAUUGCCUUAGGUUGGAAAAUCAUCAGGAAGGUGAUACUACAAUAUCUGGCGUAAGACAUUUUUCAUACCAUCCUAGUUACUUUGACACAUUUCAUAAAUUUAAUCUCUUGAGGGAGACUAAGAAUAUAAGAACAUUCUUACCAUUGAGAAUGGAUCAAGAUUCGCAUCCUAUGGAUCAUCUAAGCAAGAAAUUCUUAGAGGAUACCUUGCCCCAAUUCAUGUCUUUAAGGGUUCUAUCUUUGUCCCAUUAUGAGAAUAUUGUGAAGUUACCAAACUCAUGUAGUGGUUUGAAACAACUUCGAAUUCUGGAUCUGUCUUCCACAAAAAUAAAGGAGCUACCAAAGUGGGUAUGUACCUUGUAUAAUCUACAAAGCUUGUUGUUGUCAAAGUGCAAAGAACUUGAAGAGCUGCCGGCAAAUCUGAGGAAGUUAAUUAACUUGUGGUGCCUGGAUAUUAGUGAAACUCCACUGAAAAAAAUGCCACCACAAAUUGGUAGAUUGACAAACCUUCAAGUCUUGACUGCUUUUGUCAUAGGCAAGGACAGUGGUUCAAUGAUUAAGGAGUUAGGCAAGCUUCCUAUGCUACGUGAUAAGCUAUUCCUUUCUGGUUUGGAAAAUGUUUCUAGCGGUAGGGAUGCAUCCCUGGCAAACAUGGAAGGCAAGAAAAACCUUGAAAAGCUAACUCUAAAGUGGAAUGGUGAUGCUAACAAUUCACAAGUUGCAAGGGAUGUGCUGGAUAAAUUGCUACCUCAUUCGAGCAUUAAGCAACUUAAGAUUGACGGAUAUUGUGGGAUAACAUUUCCAAAUUGGCCAGGCAACUCUUCAUUAAGCUAUUUGGAAUCCUUGAAUCUAUCUAGUUGUGAAUAUUGCUUUUCCUUGCCUGCACUUGGACAGCUAAGGUCCUUGCAGUCACUUGAAAUUGUUGGAAUGAGUUGUAUAUCAGUCUUGACAGAGGAUUUUUAUGGAGAUACAAGCGCAACCAAACCACCAUUCCCAUCUCUAAAAAAGUUGAGAAUUGAGAAGCUGCCAAAGUGGGAAAGAUGGUACAUUCCAGAAUGCAAAGUCUUCAAUAGACUUGAAGAGCUCUACAUAAUUGAUUGUCCCAAACUCAUUGGAGAAUUUCCCCAACAACUUUCAUCACUACAAAGACUUGACAUAUCUGGAUGUAGCAAACUUGUGCGUCCCAAUGGUAGAUUGAGUAUCUUUAAUGAAGAGAUUCAACAACUCUCAUCUGUUUGUGAAGUGAGGAUUUCAGCUCUUAAAAAUUUAAAAGAUUUGCCCUUACAACUCAACCAAUUAUCCAGGCUUGAGAGACUGAUAAUUGAUGAUUGUGGCUCUCUCUCGCCCUUGCACAUAAGUCUGCUACCUCCCUCACUUAAAUCACUUGAGUACAAGAGAUGUUGCAAUUUGGAAUUAGAAAAUUCAAGCUGGGAUGAUGGUGGGAUCUUGAAGCAAUUGAAAUUCGAUAAUUGUGAAUCUCUCAAAGUCAAAGUCGAGUGGCUCGCCUCAUUUCCCAUGCUAAAACAUCUUAGAAUUGUAAACUGCAAGAGUAUUGAGAUACUCUCAAUUCCUCCUGCACCUGGGAUUGGGCAUCAGAGUAGUACAACUAAUACUAGUAGUGCGAUGACAUCACUGCAAUCCUUAUGGAUCUCCGGCUGCGAUGAUCUAAUGUCUUUUCCAGAGGGAGGAUUGGCAGCUCCUAAUCUAGCUCGGAUUAUUAUCCAGGACUGCAAGAAACUUAAGUCACUGCCAAAACGGAUGGAAUCCCUCUUCCCAUCUCUUCGAUUACUCUAUCUGUACAAUUGUCCAGAAAUUGAGUGCUUCCCGGAUAGGGGUUUGCCCUCUAGCCUACAUUGUCUUCAUAUCUGGAAUUGCGAAAAGCUCAUAAGUGGACGAAGAGAGUGGGGUUUAGAGAAACUUCCCAGUCUCAAAGAAUUGAUCAUUGAUGGUAUCAAGGAUGAAGUAGAGUCAUUUCCAGAGGAGGACUGGCUGCUGCCUUGCACGCUUAAAUCACUCGAAUUGUGGUCCUUUCAGAAUCUGAAAGUGCUGAACUAUUCAGGUCUUCGACAUCUCACCUCCAUUCAAAUGCUACGUAUCGACUCCUGCCCUCGACUCCAGUCCCUACCAGAAGAGGUACUGCCUGCCUCUCUCAACACACUAAUAAUCUACAAAUGCCCAUUGCUGAAACCAAGGUUGAAAUGGGAGAAAGGACAAGACUGGCCUAAGGUUGCCCACAUCCCCUGCAUAGUACUCGAUUCGAAGCUAGUUCCUUGA